GGGAGUAACAAAGUACAUAAAUACCGUAUAUCCUUUCAACCCUAGAACAGUUGUUCUGGGUAAAUCUCUCUCGCUGGUCUUGUUGAGUCUGUUGACGGAAGUGAUUUAAAGGCUUUAUAUUUUGCUCAACAUUACAACGAUUACACAUCAGUCCCCCGGGUUUGAUUAUUUGAAGUGUGUACGAAUGGCUGCUUCGAAUUGGUUUCGUGCUGGUCGAUCAUUGAUAGGGUGCCUCAGCAACAAUUCUCUGGGUCUACUGAGAAUGACACAUGAGCUAAGUCGUUCUAUUAUUUUUCCUCAGCAAACACGGACAUUCAUUCAGAUGGGAACCAAUCUCAAAGUUGUUGAUAAUUCUGGAGCCAAGCGCGUAAAGUGUAUACAAGCUUUGAAGUGUAAGAAAGGGGCAAGAUUGGGGGACAUCAUAGUUGCCUCUGUACAGGAAGUUAGCCCUCCAAAGGAAGUGAAGAAGGGAGUUGUCGCCAGCACAGUGAAGAAGGGAGCUGUCGUUCAUGCUGUUGUGGUUCGUGCUGCAAUGUCACGUGGACGUUGUGAUGGCAGUGAGAUCAAAUUUGAUGACAAUGCUUGCGUGCUCUUGAAAAAUGUCAGCGGUGAAUAUGAGCCAAUCGGAAAGAGGGUUCAUGGGCCUGUACCGCAUGAGCUGAGGAAGAAAAAGCAUGUCAAGAUUUUGAGUCUUGCACAACAUAUUGUAUGAGGUUGGAUCCUCUGUUUGUCUCUGUUCUAAUUUUGCUUUAUUUGUGAUGUUCUUUACUAGUUUUGCUUGAGGUUCAUAGGUCUUCAUGGAAUUCAGAGGCUUGUGUGCUUAGAUGGAUGCAGAUUAAAUAAGCAAACACGGUCAUUCACAUUUCAGAUCUUCUGUUUAAUAACAUCGAAAUAAAAAACAUCAAUUGCUAAUACAAAAUUAUGCAGAGAAAA